UUUUCACAAAAAAGAUCACGACUAAGAUAAAAAUAUUGUCUCUGUCCUACACUUAAUUGAGCACUCACUAUCAUUUAUUAAAUCAAGGGACAAUUUAUCAAUCACUGUAAAUAAAUUCAAUCCCCGUUCCAUAGACAGGUCACCCCUGUAUACAAAUGGCUACGAUAUGGGACGGAGAUAUCAUGACGAUUUUCAUUUCUGAUUAUUUGAAUAUACGUUAGGAAAAGCAUCUCCUCGAUAUGUGCCUAUGGGUAGGGUAUACGUGACUUGUGAAAAAAGAGAAACAUGUGCUGCGCCACUGGCCGCUUGUUAGAUGUCAUCCAUUCAUUAUUCAACUCUCUCACAAUACGUGUCCCCGUCAUCUUAAGAAUUGCCAUAAUUGUGUUUCUUUUAAACAGACAUAUUUUUUAAUCAUCCUACCGCAAGAUUGUAUAUUUAUGUUUCUAAAGCAGAUCAGGAUAUUCCAUUGACCUGUCCCUAAAGCAUAUGGCCGUGAUGUACAGGAAACGGGCCUUAGUCCCAUUGUAUACACUCAUAGAUAUCCAGCUAGGUCAUUGUAGCAUGGAUUUCACCGUGUACAUGGUCCGAGUCAAUGUAGCAUAAAUUUUUACUGAAUAUCUACAUUUGGUGUGUCUGAUAUUGAUUUCUCCCCACACAUAUAUGGAGUGUAUGUAGGCCAUUUUACAAAAAGUAAGUUCAUUAUUUUACAUACAGGAUGUAUGCCUGUUGUUUUGCACAGUAUAUAAAUGUAUUUUGCUAUUAAUUGAGGUUUUAUGUGGAUGUGAAUAAUCGCAAACUUCGUCAUUCAGGAUGUUUAUCCGAGACAUAUCAAUGCUUCUAACAAAACCAUAGAUCACGAUUUCGAAAUAAGACAAGCUUUGUAUGAAAAUAUUUAACAACCUAGAUCUACAAUCCUGUUUGUAUGAUGAGAAGAUGAUGUCAUUGGCGCAGAUAAUUAAUCAAAUCAACAUACCAACCAAUCAAAUAGCGAGGAUAUGUCUUCACGUUUGAUUUUAUUGAACUGAACUUAUUUCUUGCGAUAUUAAAUUACAUUCACCGUGCUCCGUGGCGAUAUAUAAAGAAAUAUAUUGGAUUUUUCAUCAUACAAAAGUGUCUUCCAGCGGCCUUCAGUAGAAGAGAAAAAAUAUCUUUUAAGUACAAGAUUUACGGUAUAUUUAAGACUUAUAAUUCAUAAAAACCCAGCGGUCUGUCAACUGAGAAAGUUCAAGUGGAUUAAUGGAAUUUAAGAAAGGUUCACAAUAAACAAGAAUUAUGGCAACUAUUGCCAAGGUUGGAAAGUUCAAUUCCUACAAAGAUUAGCCGUUAUAGACCAGAUUACUCGCUAGAUCUCAUGAUUUUUUCCUGUGAAAUACAACUCGCAAAUAACAUACCGAUACAAAGUGAAGAUAUACUGGACAAGGAAUGAAGAUAGCGGUAUUGUAUUGCAGACCAUUUGGUGUGGAUUGCACCGGGCAUGUGGACUGUAUGCUCAAAAAUGUUUUCGAAAACGUGUCCUCAGUAUAUGGAUUUAGGUAAAUCUUCUCAAACAUAAUUCCGAAAGAGACCUUAUGUGAGGAAACAAUUCCAAAAAAGAUGUCCUUUAGAGAAAAGGGAUAGUUUAUGUUAAGAUGGAGUGUUCACCCCGAUGCAUUUGCAGCCCAUUAUGAGUGAUAUUUGCAUGGAUAUACCGUAAAUUUUAUCACCUAAAGGAGCAGAUAUAAGGAUUAAAUUUUCUUCUUUGUAUUGAUUUUCGAGGAAAUUCGCAUUCACAGGAGAUUGCAUACGUUGUCAUCAUCAGCGACCGAGUCCCAUUGGACACUAUUACAGUGCCUGGUUACAGAUGAAAUUGUCCGUCAAUCAUGUAACUUCUCAAACUGUAUGAAGUGUCAAAUGGAAGCGAAACAUACUGUGAUAUAAUGGCAGUCAAUGAAAAUGCAAUCACAAGCAUUUGAUACCGUGCAAUUUUAGGUUAUCUUAAGAAUUAAGAACGCAGAGAAUGGAAGAGAAUACUUUUCCUUCUAUCGAUACCAACACGUCCAUUGUGUAUUCUGUCUCAAAUUUAUCUGUUGCAAAUUUUAGUACUACCGAAUUUCCUCCACCACAGGAAACAACAGCAGGAAGACCCGAAUCCCCGUACACACCAUGGGAACAGGCGAUUAUGUUAUUCUUUCUCAUAUUAAUGAUGAUUGGUACCAUCAUAGGAAAUUCUUUGGUAUGCAUGGCCGUAGCUUUGGUGAAACGACUUCAGACUCCAUCUAAUCUUCUGAUUUUAUCCUUAGCCGUAUCUGACCUGUUGGUAGCUGUUUUAGUCAUGCCAUUUGCCGCCACGGGUGAAGCAGCGGGUCACUGGCCUCUAGGAGAUAUUGUGUGUGAUAUUUUUACGUCACUGGAUGUGAUUUUGUGUACCGCUUCUAUUUUGAAUCUGUGCAUGAUAAGUGUCGACAGAUACCUCGUGAUAACGCGGCCGUUUAAGUAUGCAAUGAAGCGUACACCUCGAAGGAUGGCUGUUAUGAUUGCUAGUGUGUGGAUUUUAUCCGUUGUGAUUUCAAUUCCACCCUUAUUGGGAUGGAAGUCAGAAAGGCCGCCUUACGCUUGCUUAAUAAGUCAAGAAAUAGGAUACCAAAUCUAUGCAACUCUUCUGUCCUUUUAUAUUCCGUUGAUGGCGAUGAUAUUUGUGUACUUUCGCAUUUGGCGGGUAUCUUCGCGUCUUGCAAAAAAGGAAAUUAAAUCUCAGCCUGGUAGUAUUGACAGAGGCGCUGAAAUUCUCUAUCUACCGUCUUACCGUACCCCACGGCAUAGCAAGGAAAGUGACUAUGGAACACAUCCAAACGGUAUUCUCAAAAAUGGUGGUUGUGGUGAUAACUCUAGUAAGAAAAGUUCAAAGGAGGAAGAGGAAAGCAUGUUAGAUAUGAUAGCCAACCAUAGGAACAAUAACCGUAGGAGAUUCACUGUGAAGUCAUUGUUAAGUCGCAGUAGCAAACACUCUUCUCAUAAGGAGAGACGGGCAAUAAAAACGUUAGGGGUCAUUAUGGGUGGUUUCACCGCCUGUUGGUUGCCAUUUUUUAUUCUUGCCGUCAUCCGACCAGUUUGUGGUAUUCAUGAGGAGAACUGUUCCAUUCCAGGAAGUUUAAUGAGCAUUUUUAACUGGUUAGGUUAUUUUAAUUCAUUUUUGAACCCUUUGAUUUAUGCCCGAUUCAACAGAGAGUUCCGAACUCCAUUCAUAGAAAUCCUCUGUUGCAGAUGUCGUAAAAUUAAUAUUCGGAUCCGAUCGGAAAGUUACGCCGAACAGUACGGUGAACCUACAACGUUACGAGACACAACAUUUCGGGACAGUCUAAAACCUGUCACAGACACUGUUGUGCGAUAUGAUAGCCAAGGGGUAACGAACGUGUAUAUCGGAAAUGGCAGUGCCGAUAAUUGCGAUAAAGACAGGGAGAGCGUUGUUUAAUAAUGGUUAACAGUUCAUUAUACCGUAUAAAUAGGACAUGUUUAUAUAUUGGAGUUCAAUUUACGUCCACAAUGCAUUUGCCGAAGCAGUGGUUGGGUAGCGAGAGCUGUUGUUAUUUACUGACAGUGUGUAAGAUUGGAAUUCUCCUGCAGAGUAACCUCUCUUUGAUAUCUGUGAUAUAAGUAGUUGUUACGUGAACUUGCCAAAUUGCAGAUAUAUGUACGAGUUGUUAAAUGUUGAGUAAGAAGUUUCCUCGACAUUUGAGAUUAACCAUGACAAGAGAUUUGCCAUUAGAAACUUGGAGUGCAUUUAUAUUACGAAUCAUUUUACAUUCGAAAUACACAGACAUUGAUAUUUUUGCAAUAUUUAUCAUUUCUUAUUGAGGAAAUAUAUAUGUUGGUAUGAAAGUAAGUGAUUUUUCUGGCAUGCGGUGUCUUCACUGAAGGUUUAGAGUCCAUUACAUGUUAAAUAGUUUUAAGUCUUAAUUAGUAGAAAGCUGUAAUUUGUCUGGAUAGGGCUGGCGUUCUUCCAUUAAAACCUCUUUUGAAAUACAUCUGUGGUGUAAAGCCAUUUAACCAAAAAAAAAUUCUCUUGUUUUCACAUCUUCAAAACAAGAAUAUAACCUCGAACACAUAAAAGUAAUAUUCAAAAAUCUGUUUAAGCCACUUAAGGAGUGCUACUGUUUCAAUUUGCACUCGAGGUAUUUACUACUUAAAUAAAACAAGUAAAUUAAGACCAUAACCUUCCUAUAUAGUCAUAGAAUUGGUCCUAGUCUGUUGUUAAAGAACGACGCCAGUAGAUUAAGGGAUUAGAUUUCGUAGCAAUAAAGUCUUUUCAAGGCAACUUUAUCUUUUACAAUCCCGACAGGAUUUGGCUAUUUAAAGUUAAUUUAGUCUACAAUGAACAACAAUACAAAUAAUGAUUUACAAAUAUUUUAGUAAUAAUUUAUUUUACCUCAGUUUUUUUUGUCACCCAGUUUCAUUCAUGUGACUUGAAUAAUAGAAGAAUUAUUUAAACCAAAAUUAGGCCAAAUUGAAUCCUGCUAGCAGAGAGGGGGACGCGGUGGUGAUAUCUUAAUGGGGUAUCCCAAAAUCCCUUGCUAUUUCUUUUAAGCGGAUUUUCUUCCAAAUUUAGCGAGUCUUUUAACAACGUCUGACUACCAGAUUUCAAUUGAUGAAAAAUUCUUGUGUAAGGUUAACCAUGUUCAAUUCUGUCGAGCCAACAGUAUAUAAGAUUAAUUACUUUAAGACUGCAUCGCAGUAAAGGAUGGGAUGAGUAACGAUGGCUUUUUAAAGUAGGGAUGAAUUUGUAGAAAUCCUGGGGGGGGGGGGUGUCAGUGGUUAUUAAACAUAAUGCUCAAGUGUUUGUUUUUAAUGUUUUUUAAAUGCAUUAUAGCAAUAUCAUGGCUGCUACACACAAUAAGAUGAUGGUAGCAAUAGUAUAGCAGAUACGUAUAUCUUGGUCCACUGCUAUCACAUGAGUUUUAAACUGCUGAGAUAUUCAUAGUCAAUCACAUCAAUAUUUCUUGUUCCAUUGUCAAAUUCGAGAAAGCUCAUUAUUUAUUGAUUAUUUAUAUUCUAUUUGUAGAAAACAUUUUCCCCCCAAGCAUAAUAUAUUUUAUUGUAAAUAUUGUACAUAGUAUUUAUAUUUAUGUUGUUGCGAUUGGAGAUGAUCCUGAAAUCCGUCGUUCCGUAUUCAUAAAAUGAAGUAUUCCAUUUUUGUUGUGCGUUCCAACUUCAGUGCUUGCUAUGUUUAGUAAGCAUUGUUAUCGAAUGUUUUGGUUGUAACACGUGUUAGAAAUAUAUGUACCUUAAAUUUAGGCAGUGCCAGGACUGAAUCCAAUGCCCAAAAUACUCACAUGCAUUUUAAAAAUGUGUUUAGCGACAUUAAAAAUCUUCCUUUUAUAAGGUCCAAACUAUCACGUUAUGUUUUAUAAAUAAUCUUUAUUUAAAUUGUCUUUGAUUUCAGAUGUUCAAAUAAGUUAUUACCUUCAAUUAAUGUUUAAUAAUUCGGUAUCGAAAAUACUAUUCUCUUUAUAUCUAAUAUUCAGUCCAUUUUACUUGUUGCUUAGAUUUGUCACCAUGUCUACUAUGAGGCAACUACUGAAACUGGUCUUUUUGUGUCUUAUGAAAUUAUUUCAUUGAUUUCCACAUUAAUUGAUUCACUUGAUUCUCCCGCAGUCGUUCAUUGUGCUGAACUAUAAGAUGUGAGUGCUUUUGUACAAAACAAAUGCAUUUAAUGAAUAAAUAUUUGUUGCGCCAAAAUAUUGAAAUAAAACUAUUAAAAUAUG